ACCCCAGGCAUCGUGCUACACACCCUAACCAGUAAGGCAGUAACCACCUCCCUCGCCGCCGCAGGUGAACGGCGACGGCGAUACCGAUGGGCGCGUCGGCCUCCGUCCUCUCGCUCCCGACGGCCGCCGCGCUCCCCGCAACCGCCACCGCCGUCGCCGGGGCCGCAGGCUGCUUCGCGCUCGGCUACCUCCUCGCCCUCACCCGCUUCCCGCGCCACGCCGCCGCCCCCGGCCCCGGGGGCCUCUCCGAUGACGACUCCGAGGACGACUCGGAAGAAGAUGAUGACGAUAACUCCGGCCGCAGCCGAGCCGCGAAGCGGGCGGGCGGGCAGAAGAGGACCGGGCUCCGGCUGCUCUUCUGGGCGCGGAACGUGGUGACCAAGUCCGACUCCGCCAGGGAGGUGGAGAGGGCCCAGGCCCAGGCCGCCGCCAGCCCCCUGGAGAUCGAGAACCUCGCCGAGAUUAUAGAAGAUUUCAAGAUGGUGCUGGUCGUCAGGAACGAUUUGAAGAUGGGCAAGGGGAAGAUCGCUGCACAAUGCAGCCAUGCAACUCUUGGUCUGUUCAAAAAACUCCAACAGAGAGCGCCAAAAUCACUAAGAAGGUGGGAACGAUGUGGGCAAGUUAAGGUGGUUGUGAAAAUAGAAAGCGAGGAAGAUAUGCUUGUUUUACAAGGGAGAGCAAAGUCUCUGAAUCUUCCAACGCACAUAACCAUAGACGCUGGAAGAACACAGAUUGCUCCAAAUUCAAGAACAGUGAUGGCUAUUCUUGGGCCUGCUGACAUGGUUGAUGAUGUCACUGGUGGUCUGAAGCUAUUGUAAACUUCACCUUGUCAGUAUUCUCAAGCACCCAACAUGGGUGUUUACAGAGAUAUGCUGGAAUUUUACAAUCCACAUUGGACUCACACUUCUGAUCUGCUGCUGAAGAAUGAAUCUCAGUCUCAUUGGUUGACUCGAUCUUGCUGUCUGUGGAUUUAUUCAAAAGGAGGCUGUUUCUUUUUUACUUGUAUCAACUGUUGUCUUUGGAGCUCAGAUUUCAGUUCACCCAGUUUUGGUGUCGAGAACUUGUGGACCAUUGUUUCUUCUGUAACAUAGAUAAGAAAAGGUCCCGCUGUUGUCCCUUUCUUUGUUGUCCCUAUAAGCACAGAUUAUGUAUUUCGCACCACUCAUGAGUCAUGACUUGCAACUAUGAGUACCACAGAUUCUAGUAAGCAUAUGUUAGGUUAAUGUU